CCAGGUAGACAGAGGACCAUGGCACUAGCGGGGGCAGACAAGGUGGCGGCGGCGGUGGUGGUGGUGGUGGUGUGCCUGGCUCUCCCCCAGCAGGUGUCAGGCCACGCUUAUGAAUUUGGGACCUGUAAGAAUAUUCCAGGUGCUCAGAACUUCCAGCCUGACCAGUUAACAGGGGUGUGGUACGUCAUCAAAAUCUUCAGCACCAACAGCCGCUGCAUGACAGUCACCUUCAACAGAACAGCGGACGGAUUCACGGCAACAGAGAGGCGGGAACUGUUUCUCGGACGCAAGGUUGGACUGGACCACAUCCUCACAAACACUGGCUACUUCACUAUCAAGAAUGACGAUGUGCCUGCCCAGAUGUCCGUCAGCUGGCCCUCCAAUUUCCUCGGGCCGGCAGACGUGACAGUGGUGGACAUUGAGAGAGACUCCUUUGCUGUGAUCUACGAGUGUAAGUCUCUGUUUGUGGUGAGGCGUACGUCAGCAGUUAUCCUCAGCCGCCAGCCCGCCCUGGACCCAACUGUCAUCGAGAGGAUUGAGGGUGACUUGAGCGCUCUGAAAAUCGAUGUCACGGAUUUCGACGUAAUGAACCACGCGGACUGCAACCAACCAGGCGAGGCGGACUUCAAUUUCAACGUAAAUGAGUAUAUUGGUGACGGCUUCAUUAAGGGAGGUCAAGGAGGGGGUCAGGAAGGAGGUCAAGGAGGUCAGGAGGGAGAGGGAGAGGGAGGAAUUGGUAUAGGGGAAAUUUUUAAUCCAGAGUUUAUCAAUUUUGACGGAGUGAGUAAUGAUGAGAAUGAGGUGCAGGGUUGAGAGAGAGAGAGAGAGAGAGAGAGAGAGAGAGAGAGAGAGAGAGAGAGAGAGAGAGAGAGAGAGAGAGAGAGAGAGAGAGAGAGAGAGAGAGAGA